CGCACGAGAUCGCCACUUCCUCAAAAUGUAAACAGAAUUGAACUGCGAGUUUUUCCAGCAUAAGAUAUGUGAGCAGGAGAAUAUAACUUGUUUUGGUCAUUUUAAAAACACUUCGGAGAAUCUCUAGCAUUUGUGCUGUGAUGGGUUCUGCUCCGUGGCUGAUGAAAUGGAUACUAAAGAGACUGACGAGGUGGAGAAGCUGAAGUCCAAGUUCAUGUCAGCAUGGCACAGUGUGAAAUACAGUUGGGCUCUUAAAACGAAAACUGCCUUCAGCCGUAAUUCUCCUGUUUUCUUGUUAGGGAAAUGCUACCAUUUCAAGGCUGUGGAUGACGAAAGCCCUACUGAGAGUUGUACUGCUGAUGCAUUAGAUGAUGAUGAUGUUGUCAUGGGCAACGUUGAUGGAUUUCGAAGGGACUUCACCUCACGAGUUUGGCUGACCUAUCGAGAAGAAUUUCCCGCCCUUCCAGGCUCCACCCUCACUUCAGACUGUGGGUGGGGUUGUACACUUCGGGCAGGGCAGAUGAUAUUAGCCCAGGGUCUCUUGCUUCACAUCUUGGGUAGAGACUGGACCUGGGCAGAGGCACUGACCUUGGAGCCCCUGGAUACAGAGACAUGGACCAGCAGUGCAGCACGGAAACUGGUGGCCACAUUAGAGGGCUCUAUUCAGGGAGAAAGAGCACAGGUCACCCAGCCUCUCUGCCCUGUUCAGGGAGGGGCUGAGAAGGCUGACUCCUAUCUGAAAGAGGCAUAUCACCGCACCAUUGUGUCCUGGUUUGGGGAUGGACCCUCAGCCCAGCUGGGCAUCCACAGACUAGUGCAGCUUGGGAUGACAUCAGGAAAACGGGCGGGAGAUUGGUUUGGCCCAGCAGUGGUGGCACACAUACUCAGAAAAGCUCUUGAUGGGGCCACAGAACCAAUGCUAAAAGGCAUAAGUGUUUAUGUAGCACAGGACUGCACAGUGUACAGUGCUGAUGUUAUUGAUAGCCAUUCAGGCCAGACGGGCAGCCACAGUAAUCCUCAUGGACUCAAUGCUGGAGCUGCUCCUGAUAGUAGGGCUGUCAUCAUCCUCAUUCCUGUGAGACUGGGCGGAGAGAAAAUCAACCUAGAAUACUUCAGUUUUGUCAAGAGCAUAUUAAGCUUAGAGUACUGUAUCGGCAUCAUUGGCGGAAAGCCUAAACAGGCCUACUAUUUUGUUGGAUUUCAAGAUGACAGCUUGAUUUACAUGGACCCUCAUUACUGUCAGUCUUUUGUGGAUGUCAGCACAAGCGAUUUCCCUCUGCAGUCUUAUCAUUGCCCAUCACCGAAGAAAAUGGCUUUCAAUAAAAUGGACCCAAGCUGUACAAUUGGAUUCUACUCCAAAAACGUCAAACACUAUGAAAGAAUUAGCAACGAACUGUCAAAGAUAUUGCAGCCUUCAUCGAAAGAGAAAUACCCUGCAUUCACCUUUAUGAAAGGACAUGAAAAGGAUUAUAAGCUUUCCGGUUCUGUAGAAAAGAGAGAAUGGCCUUUCGUCAGAGACACAAGGAAAGCAGGGGUGACAUCAGGAGGCUUUGUUCUGCUCUGAGAGAAAAGCUUUAAACCAUAAACUAACAGCCCAAGUGAUGCACCACAAAUCAGGACUACUAUUGUAAAUCUGGAUCUUUCUUGAUACAACACUGUGGACCUAAAAUAUAGGGCGCUGUGCCACCUUGGGCAUUCAUGUCAUUUCAGAAAAGGCCAAGUUAAAGGACUUGUUGCGGUGCAUGCAUUAGCUUCACAAAGUUGGAACACUCGAGUGAAGCUAUGUAUCAAUACUGGUGUCACAUUUAGAGCUGUAAUGUCCCGUAUGUGGCUGGUCUAUAUGUUUUUGAAAGCUAAAGUUAAUGUAGAUAUUUUGUUUAAAGUCUAGACGCUGGAGUGCUCCAUAACCCUUUACAGAUCACAGCUCAUAGCCUCUCUCACACACUACUAUAUUGAAGUUUGGAUCCAUUUACUGCAAAUAUUUCAGUGCUUUUUAUAUAAAUGCAAUUGACAUGUGUGGUCAAUACAUGUAUUUUGUAAUUCAACAAAAAGUUUUAAACUAGAAUCACAUAAUUUCUCUCUGGGUAAAUAUAGCUUCUUUUUUAAAUAAUGAAUCAAAUUAUAGAUGUAGAUUCCUUUUUAAAAGGUACACAUAAUAUUGUGAUUUAUCAGAUGAAGGUAAUUAUCACUAACUUACGUUUUAUGUUGACUGGAAGGAUAAUGUGCCUUCAGUGUUGAGUAGAAAACACUGUAUCACUUAAGACUACAUACAGAGCCUAAAUAAACAUGUCAUGGUGCCUGUUGAAAUUAUAUUUAGAUGUGGUAGCUAGAUUUAAAAAGCCCUCUCUGCUGCCAGCAUUUUAAGAAAUAUUAAAGUCAUUGCGCAAUGAUAUGUUUGAAAGAAGGGCUUUGUAUAACAUUAAUUUGUUUUAUUAUAUAUUGACAGUACAGUGGUUUAAUCCAAUGUGUGAAACAAAGAAUUUCAGAGCUGCUUUAUUAUUUACAAAUGGUAAAAUGCAGGACAUGGAUCAAUAUGAAUCAAAUGCAUAAAUAUUUAUAUAA